CUGAGGGCCUCCUGUGAUUUCCCCGAUUUUCCCGUGCGGUAUGUAUUUUGGAUGACCUUACAUAAUCUGCUACAUGAUGCAGGUUGGUAUUACAAUUUGACAUCAAGGACUGCCGUUUAGGGUGGCAAGACUUUUCGCCAGUAAAGAACUUGGCAGGCAAACAGACACAAGCUCAGACCGACACGACAACGUUAUUAAAUCAUUACUUCCUGGGAGCUGUACAUGUGGCUGGCGCAAGUAACAGGCGCUUGUUACAUUGGACGUUCGACGUAAAAAUCGGCGAAUUGGAUUUCUUGGUACUAACUUCAAAACAAGGUCUAACUGGUGCUUUCAACGACUCUUUUGACAGAAAAUGGCUGUGGCCUUUCUCGGUUGGUGCUUUAUGUUCGUUCUUCUCAUCUUGCCGUGGUUGUGACCCUGCCGCAUCUAAACAGCCGAAUUGGAAGUCUGUGUCUAAAGCAAAAUCUCAAGAGGAUUCUCUCAAAUUACUAGCGAGACGCGCGAUAAUAGUUUGUAAAAAUCAGAGCAAAGUCUGACAUCAUUUGUUACUUGGAGCACUUUGUUUCUUAAACAUUUCGGGAUUAAAACAUGGCUCGGACCGUGGACACAAUUAUUGAGGAGGUGGGUCCUUUUGGUCGCUUCCAGUUCUUUGUGUUAGCAAUAUGUAUGUUAGUGUCGAUAUUAAACGGAGCGACCCUCUAUCUCAUGACAUACAUCGGUGUGCAGCCCCGUUACCAUUGCGAACAGAGAGCAACGAACGGUUUCUUCAACAGCAGCCGCGGCCUGGAGAAUAUCUCCGACGCGGGGGUUCAGAAAUGGAUGCUACGGAGUUCGGCCGUGCGCGGCAUCAGGGGCGCCCCGUACAGCAACACGACGGGGGCGCCGUUCCAUGUUUUAAAAGCGUCGAAUGGAACGCUUCGCACUGCUGGUGGAGAGUCGUUUCAGCUUCCUAAGGCAGAGAAUUGGUCAGUACAAAGCGAGGAGGGGGUUUUCUUUCCGGGAUACGAUGCGGAGGAUUGGGAGGUCGUGGUUGAGAUGGGAGAGUUUUGUGAUGCAGACGGUACGGCAUGUGAUGGUCGAAGAGAUAAUGAAAAUGUGUCGUCAAUUGUCACGGAGUGGGACCUCGUCUGCGACUAUAACUGGAUCCCGGACACCCUCAUCUCCAUCCAGCUGGUAGGCUACUGGCUGGGCGCCCCAGUGAUCGGGCAGCUCUGCGACCGCUUCGGGAGAAAGAAAAUGAUGUAUCUGACCCUCUUCUUCCUUGUCUGCUUCACAUUGGGUCAGGGGCUCGCCGUCAACUAUGUCAUGUUUGGGGCGUUUCUGUUUCUGAAUGGCAUUGCUCAUGGAACCGGCAAGGUCGUGAUGAUCCUCUAUCCAAUGGAAUUUUGUGGUUUCAAGUACCGCGUGAUUCCCUCCUGCCUGCCCUCCAAUGCCAUCGGCCUCCUCCUCAUCUCCGUGCUGGCGUACUUCCUCCAAGAUUGGCGAUACGUUACCAUAGCCAUUGCUCUAAUUGGAACACCAGUGUUCCUGACAAUCUGCAUUUUCCCUGAGAGCAUCCGGUACCUCAUGGUCUGCAAGCGAUACGACGAGGCCCGGAAGAUAUUCUCCAUGAUGGCGCGUUGGAACGGAAGGAAGGAGCCAAAUCUGGAUGAUCUUGAGACAAUAUACGCCACAGGAAGUGACGAAGCCAAGGAAACUGGAAAUAAGAUGACGUAUUGGGACCUGUUUCGAAAUAGAAAAUACGCCAAGCUAACAGCCAAAGUGGCUUUUAUAUGGUUAUGUUUCGGUAUUUCAUACACCGGGCAGAGCUUCGCCGUGAAGGAAUUCCCCGGGAAUCGGUAUGCGAAUCUGGCUAUUCUUGGCUGCACGGAGGCUGUUGCAGUUGUUUCUUCUGGGUGUGCUUCUAAUAUAAUUGGUCGGAAAGGUGCCGUGUUUUCCUAUUAUGCACUAUCCAUCACCUCUAACAUCGUCUUAGCCGUAUUAAACCAACUCAGCAUUACGAACUCGCAUGCUAUCGUGGCGCUCUCCAUGAUCUCAUGGUUUGGCAUCAGUGGGGGCUGUGCUGCUGUCUUCACCUUUACCGCGGAAACCUACCCGACAGUCAUACGAGCACUUGGGUACAGUUUCUGCAACAGCUUCGGAAGAUUCGGAAGCAUUCUCGGCCCGCAGUUGGUCUACCUGUAUCAUCGUCACCCAUUUAUAUCCUACCUGACCUACGGAGGCGUGUUGCUGCUAAGUAUGGCAGCCACAUGCACCAUCCCAGAGACUAACGGCCAAGAGCUGCAAGACAUCAUGACAGAAGAGAAACCCAAACCUGGCACGUGCAAGUGUUACGGAAGCGUGGAGAGUGGGUUCAAGGACACUGCGAAACUGAUGGAGAAUGAUGGCAACGAUGGGAACUACUAGAAAGUGUAACGUGCAACCACAGCUCUAUGAUAUGUACAUGACAGAUGUGUACAUCAGUGCAUGGAAGCUAAUGGUUUGUGUUGCAUGUGUGACAUUUUAGGACUUACCCUGUGUGCGAUCUUACGAACCGAUUCGUGCAUUUGAUACUAUGAUAUGCAGUGCCUGUGAUUAUACUUCUGGCAAAUACUAUGAAUAAUUAUUCGAUACAAUGAUCAAAUUAUUGGCCAGGAAUACGUUGAUUGCUUGUUAGGAGAACGUAGGCGUGGUAACAGAAAGGUUUAUUAGUAUUUUUUGAGAUGAGUUUCACAGUGUUUUAAACAAUGAAUGAGCCCUAGAUACGUUCAGGGGCUCAGGACCCCAGAGCUCGGUUGUCAGAAAGCAUGUUUUAAUAGCACAUACUGACAUGUCGGUUCAUGUACAUCAAUGCACGUGUAAAAACACGUCAGCAUGUUAUGAGCUCACAUGCCUUCUUACAACCGAGCCAUGUCGAGUGUGUAUCAUGUUAGCUAUUCAGAUAAUUAAAUAGAUCUGUCGGGGAUUCGAAUUUAUUAAAUCAUCUAGAUCAAUGA